AUGUCCAGCAUGUUUAGAGAGGAGAAGACUGCCGUUGAGCGGAGGACGAUGUCGGCAAUGGGCUUCGGCCACUCCACAGACACUCCUCUGCUAGUCAUUGCCGAGUCCAAGGUGGUGUAUAUGAAGGGAGUCGAAUCUCCUGUACGGCAAGAACAUUGCGAAUGGAGCCAUAAACAACUUCGAAGCCGCAUCAUCUGCAUCAUGUUAUCCACACUGGCCCUGGCGUUGUGGCUGUUGCCAACCCGAACCUUCGGGUCUCCAAGCACCAAUACUAGUUGCGACAGGUUGCCAGACCUGAUGAACCCAGCCCUCGGAACUAUCGCAACAGCCUUGGUACCGGCCAACUCCCUGAACGUGUCUGGAACAUUCAACUCGGUCGCCUUCUGUCGUGUGAACGGAAGCGUGCCUUAUCCAGAGGACAACACCGUCUUCUUCGAAGUAUGGCUUCCUGAAGCGGAUUCGUACAACGACAGGUUUCUGGCAGUCGACUUGUCGCAAGGCAACGGGGGCAUGGCCGGCCGCAUCGACUACGCAGCCAUGGUGGAGAACGUCAACAAGGGCUUCGCGACCGCGGGCGGCGACGCCGGCCACCGGGCCUCGGACAACAACGGCGGCGAUGCUUACCCCGGCGGCGUCCAUCUGCCCUAUCUCCACGACCGCAACCAGGUCCUCGCGUGGAUCCGGGACUCGGUCGCGCUCUUCACGCCCCCGGCGAAAGGCAUCACGGACACCUACUACCAGAGGGCACCCCGCCGCACUUACUACAAGGGUUGCUCUACCGGAGGCGCCCAGGGCUUCGCCUUGGCCGAGUUCCACCCCGAGCUGUUUGACGGCAUAGCGGCGGGUUGCCCCGGGAACUGGUACUCUCAUCUCGCCCUGUCGUUCCUCUGGAACCAGCAAGUCACCAUUGGCUCGGCAUUCCUGCCGCAAGAGUCACUAGAUCUCAUCAGGAACGCAGUUCUAGACGAGUGCGACCUUUUGGACGGCGUUGAGGACCGGGUUCUCGAGAAUCCGCUGGCCUGCGACUUUGACCUCGACGGCCUGGCGUGCCAGGACCCCACCUCCAACACGUCGACUUGCCUCACGCCAGAGCAACUCGCCGCAGCCAAGGAGAUUUAUGCCGGUCCUCGAAACUCAAAGACCAAUGUCAGCCUCUAUCCGGGCUUUGAUCUGGGCAGCGAGUCGGAGUGGAUGGUUCAGCAAGGCCUUCUCUCCCUUUCAUUCUCCCUCCCUCUUCUCCAGAACAUGGUGUUCGACGACUUGAGCUACAACGGCACCGCCUUUGACUGGGCCGCCGAUGUGGACGCGCUGGACGAGAAGGUGGGCAGCUUGAUUGACGCCAUCAGUCCCAACCUCACGUCCUUCAAGAUGAAUGGAGGGAAACUUUUGGUUACCCAGGGCUGGGCUGAUCCGUUCAACGCGGCGACGUGGCCCAUCGAUCACUUGGACGAGGUUUCUCGCGUGACGGGCGGCGAGAGACAAGAUUGGUUGUCACUGUUCAUGAUCCCUGGUGGUGGACACUGUGGCGGCGCGGCAACCUAUCCCCAGGUCCCCUCGAAGCAAAACUCUCUGGAAGCCCUCGUCGAAUGGGUUGAGAAAGGACAGGCUCCCGCGUAUCUUGUUGGAGUUGACCCUGCGGAUGGGAGCAAGACGACCAGGAAGAUCUGCUCGUGGCCUCGUACGGCGAAGCACAUUGGUGUUAAUGCGGAUAAGUCGGAUGCUUACGUCUGCUCAGACUAG